CCGGCCGUGCCCGGAGCGCCCAGGGCUUCCGGGGGGCUGCGCCGCUCUCCCUGCCUCGGCCCCGCCGGGAUGGACGAGGACGGGCUGCCCAUUGUGGGCUCCGGCAUUGACCUCACCAAGGUUCCUGCUAUUCAACAGAAAAGAACAGUAGCAUUUCUAAACCAGUUUGUGGUUCACACAGUGCAGUUUCUCAACCGCUUUUCUACUGUUUGUGAAGAGAAAUUGUCAGCACUGUCUCUCCGUAUCCAGCAAAUUGAAACGACACUCAAUAUUUUGGAUGCAAAGUUAUCCUCUAUUCCUGGCCUAGAAGAUGUCAAAUGUCAAGUGUCCAGUGAAAAUAAGAAUAGUGUUACAAAUGGUCUUGUGGCACAAGCUACUAUAGAUCAACAGACAGCUGUAUCACCUCAACCUGGACAGAACAAUGCACAUGAAGAAGGGUUACAGAAAACAGACGUAGUAACAGAAAAUGUCUCAACUGUGGCCAAAGAUCCAAGAUAUGCCAGAUAUCUCAAAAUGGUACAAGUGGGUGUUCCUGUAAUGGCAAUAAGAAACAAAAUGAUUUCUGAAGGGCUAAAUCCAGAUCUUCUUGAGACCCCAGAUGCCCCUGUGCCUGCCUGGGGAGAUGAUGGGAAAGCAGAAGACAGUUCUGAUAGUGAAUCUUCAUUUAGUGACUAAAGAGACUGAUUUUGACCUUUGGAAACCUUUGUUAAGUGCUCCUGUGUUUGAAGCUUUGGCAGACAAUGGUUUUGCGUGGAUCACAUGGGCAACAUGAUUUAUCUGACAGCAUUUUUAAGAACUAGGGUUCUCUGUGUUCUCUCCCAGAAAGUUUGAACAGGCAGUAUGUUUCAACCUGAAGCUUUCCACCAUGAAAAAUAAUGGUGAGACCCUUGCAAUUUUUGUGCUGUGUUUCAGAAUCCUUUUUGAUACUUCUGAAAUUACUUCGUAAAACUCUUAAGAAUUCCACACUUUUAAACCUCCAGGACUCUAAUGCUGCAUUCUGGUCAUUAUUGGGUUUUCCAUGUAACACAUUUUACCUAAGUUGCCUUCUUUCUGUCCCAUAACUUACAGGUAAAGGAACUUUUGCAAAUUAUUUUUUCAUUUAUGAUCUCUAUUUAUUUUUUUCAUUAUACUAUAUUCUGAAGUCAUGCAACAACAUUUACAUAGAAGUCAGCUAUCUUGUGGUGACUGCAAAUCAGUGAUACUUCUGUUUAGAGAGAAACUACAAUACAAGUGAAAAAUGUAUUAAAAAACCUAUCUGAAUCUAUUUUUGAAGUAUAUACUGCUAUUUGAUAUCAUGUUAGAGUCUGUACAAAAUUGUUAAAGAAAUUCCUACCCUGUAGAAGAGUUGAUUUAUCAAAUUCUGGUUACAGUGGUGUAGAAAGCUACAAAACAUUGCAAGAUUGGUUUGAAAAUGGUACUGUGAAACAAGCAAGUGACUGGGAGGUUAUUGGUGAAAUACCAAAGUCUGACUCCUUGUUUGCUGUGAUGUGUGUCGGUGGAAACCACUUACUGUUGGGCUUACUCUAAAGGAGCUGUGGCUGAGCAGUUUGCAUAGGGUAAAAAGUCACCUCCAAGUUGGUGCCUUUACUGUUAAUUUGAACAAAGCAGCAAAGAUUCAGUUUGGUUAAUGAGAAAACUACCUUGCUACCUAUUGAGGUAUGCAUUGGGGAACAAUAUAAAGAAAUCCACUUGGAGCCUGACAGGCCCUGAAGACUUCCCUCCAAAUUACUUAAUCUACUCCAUGAGUCAAAAAUGAUGUUUCAGUAAAGGAUCUUCUUUAAUAUAAUUUGUUCUACUUGAAAUUUUUCACAAUCUAUUUGUAUUCCCCAGAUUAUUGUGAUUAUACCAGAGUGCUCUGGGCAAUCAUUCACUUUCUGGUAUUUCACAUUCUUCCUGAGACCAAGAAAAGAGUAAAACUGAAGCUCUUAAGAAUAUGAAUUUGGUAGUUUUUAUGACCAAAUCAUCUUCUCUCUUAGUUAUUUAUGCCUUUCAAUAGGUUAGCUGUUGGUUUUUUUUCCUGUAACUUAAGCAUGGCUUCCAUUUUAGUCUAGCAGACAUAUUUAAGCUCUUCAUAACCUGUAAAUCAGACUAAUGCCUGAAUCCCUGUGAAAGAAUAUAUGCACUAGAAAAUGCCUAGAGAUGACAUUUCAAUGAUGAAUUAAUUAUUAUUGAGCACUUAAAAAUACUCAAUAGUUAACACUUGGUAAAACUCAACAAAUAUUAACAUGUUAGCAAUAAGUAUUUCAAAAGUAAAUAUUAUAAUAUUAUACCAGAAAACAUAUAUGGUGACGUUUUAAAAAAAUCUAUAUUUGAAAACUCAUUGAAGCAAUCUCUAUAAUAAAGCUAUUCUUUGUAAACCGAA